AUGGUCCAGCUGCGGCCCAGCAUCUUCAAGCGGAGUGCAGAAGCCACAAGUGAUCCAGCUACGGCCGCUAAGGCUUUCCGUCCCUCCACCGCACCGUCGAAAGCUCCUGCUGCGUUUCAUCCGGCCCCCGGCAAUGCGGAAGAUGUGCAAGCACAACAGGAGGAUGGUCCUCCCCCAUCCAAGGUGCCCCGUGUAACGCGACCUGUGAUAUGGACGCCACGGUCACUGAAUUUGCAGCCGACCCAGGCGGCUAAGGCUGCCCAAGUUCCUUCGACACGAGGAAUCUAUCAGCGCGCAGAUGCGAUGCGGAUGAAGCCGAAGGUCGAGCCGGAGGAGACGGCUGAAGAGAGUACUGUGCCUGACCAGGAGGCGGCAGCCGAGCAGCCAUGGGAAGAGACAUCCGGGCAUGCGAAUGGUGUGCAGCCAGAGCAGACAUGGGAAGAGGGCGCUUGGCACACAGAUGGUGCGCGCCGGGAGCAGACGUGGGACGAGGGCGCCUGGCAUGCGAAUGGCGAUCCAUCUGAUGAGCCGGCGGUGCAGGCAGAGCAGACAUGGCAAGAAGGCACGUGGUCUGAGAAUACGGCUCAGCCAGAGCAGACCUGGGAUGACGGCACAUGGUCUAAGAAUACGGCGCAGCCGGAGCAGACAUGGGAAGGGAGCACGUGGCCAGAGAGUGGCGAAUCUCAGCACUGGCAUGGCUGGCAGCCCAGCCAUUCCCAGCCCAGUCAGCCAUCUGCUCCAAGCCGGCCGGCAUCGAAGCCGAAUGUGCCUGCUGCCUGCCAACAGCGUUCAGGCUGGCAGCCCAGCCGGUCGCACGCUGGUCAGGCAGCUGUCCCGCAACAGCAUACGCCCUGGCAGCCGAGACAAUCGCAGCCCAGUCAGCCAUCUGCUGCAAGCCGCCCGGCCUCGAAGGCGUAUGUGCCCGCAGCCCCGCAGCAGCAUGCGCACUGGCAGCCCAGCCAAUCGCAGCCCAGCGAGCCCUCGGCUCCAAGCCGGCCUGCCUCGAAGGCGAAAGGGCCUGUCGAGCGCUUCGUCGCAACAGCAGAAGGCGGCCAGAUGAAGAACGCGCUUGCGCUGAAAAGCGUUUGCGGCACCUACAUAGCUGCGGACACGUGCUGCGGGCGGAAAGUCUACCGAAAACAGCCAGACGGAGCCGAGCCGCUAGAGGUGGACAUUCUCCUGUACUACUGGGACGACCGGGAUGGUCAGGAUUACAGCGGCUGGUGGUUCGGACGGCAGCUGGGAGGACAGCAGGUCUGGGCCCACUGCAACUCCCACGCUCAGACGCCGCCAGAGGACAACUGGAAGAUUCCCUGGGACGGACCGGUGGAGGAGUCCCUGCGGGUGCAGCCAGAAUCGCAGAAGCAAGAGACAGACGCCAGAAUAAAACUGGAAGCUUUGAAGAACGACGUGAAGCCACUUGUUCUCAAGGUGAAGAAAGCGCAGGAGAAAGCCCGACUGGCGAGCAACCGUGGGAAAGAGGAUGAGAUCCAGAAGGCGUUGGCAGACCUGCAGGAGACGGCUGAGGAAAUGAAGGAGAUCAAAGGACAGGCCGCCUCCAUCCCGGUGCCGCGGCAGAAGCUGGAUAGCAUCUCCAUCCUAGAGGAGUUGCAGGAGUUUCGAAACCGUCUUGCGGACUGCUGCCAGCGACUGGACACAGAGGCUGCCAACCUGCAGAAGCAGCAGAAGGAGAUCGAAGAUGCAGCCCUGCGGCAGGAAGAGGCGCAGGAGACGCAGAUGCUCUUGCCGGACUUCAUCUCCACUACCCUCAUGCUUGCAAACGAGGCAGAGGAUCUGGUUGAGAAAGCUCAGAUCACAAAGACCAUGGUCGCAAGCUGUGAGGAGGAUCACGAGUCGGCUACGCAAGCGCUUGAUCAGCUUCAAACGGCGGUCUCUGCAGCGCAGUUCGGCCUGGAUUCGGCGAAGACAUCGCUGCAGGCGAAAGAGGCGGAAAUCGAGAAUCUGCCUCCUUUUGCGCACGAGGGCGCCCGCGAGGAGCUGCUGAGGCUCAGGCAACAGAUUCAACAGGCCCAGGUCACGCUGCAGCCGCUCAAGACCACUCGCCAAGACUGGGAACGACGGCGAACGAGCCAAAAGGUCAUCGCGCAGGUGGAGCAAAAGCUCGUGCUUGCAGAGGUAGAGGCGGAGCAGACCACGGUGAUGCUCAAGGACAUCAACGCGACGGAGGUCAUCAGUCAGGAGCUUCUCGGAGAUGCCAAGAAGGCCGUCCGUUCCGUUGAGCGUACCUCGACUGCCGCCUCCAGCCACUUAAACUCACGCCGUGCUCUUUUGCAGAACACGCCCCUGGGACAGAAGGAGCUCGAAGUGCUCCAGCCGCGCCUUGAAGCGGUGCAGUCCCAGCAGUGCACCCUCGAAGAGCAGCUCAGAAACUUGGAGGACAAGUUCCUCACCGGGGGAUAUCUGGCAGAGGCGAACGCCAAGCUGGAAGCCCUCACGGAAGCUCUGGCGAGGUUGGAGGCCACGGAGGCAUCCUUGGAUGAGGAUGACCAGGAGGAGGGUCAGAAAGUCCUCCAAGCGUCGGAAACGCUUGCUGCGAAAGUGCAGCAGGACCUUUCAGUGGUGGCUGUUUUCUUGCAGAUGAAGCUUCUCGAGGUGAAACGACUCACGACAGAGGCUGGAGAGGCUGCGGCAAAGUCGUUCCAGGACCUCCAGCAAAAUCUGUCGAAGUUGAAGGAGCAGCGCUCAGAGUUGUCUUCCAAGACGGCGCAACGACGUGCAAACAUGCUCUUGAGAGAGGCUGUCCGGCAAGUGGAGUUCGUGGAAUCUGCGGCAGCCGACAUGGCUGCUUCGCGUGAGCAGUGGGCCAAAGAUGACUGCACACUGUCUCCUACCGAGCUCAGUCAGGCGACAUCUCACACCAUGUCCCUCGAGAAGGCCGUCAACAAAGCCUUAGCAGAGGCACGCAAGCUGCUUGCGUGUCGCCAGAUCGAUGCCCGCAGCAAGGGCAACGCCCCUGCUUUGGCGAACGCACUGACUGAGCUGCAAGGCAGGCUGGCCAAGGUGCAAUCCGACGUUUCCAGCCAGCGCAAGCUUUACCAGUCGGUGGAGCAGAGGGCCGCUCAGCGUCGCCUUCAGGCCGAAGUGAAGGAAAAGCUCUCCGAGAUCGAAGGCAAGCUCGUGGCAAACGAGUGCCGAUAUCGCAGCACAAGUGAAGGGCGCCGAAGCAUCCACCCAGGAGGUGCAUCUUGCGUUGCGUGCUCUCGCGCGGCAGCUGGAGUCGCGCGGGACCACUGCAGCGACGGCAAUGGAGCAGCUUAG